CCAAGCUAGUUCACUCUUUUUACUCUCUCUGUUCUUUGUGUGAUUUUUGCUCUGUUUCUCUCUCUUCUGUUUCUCUCUCUUCGUUGGUCUCAUUGUAUGGCCGCCAAUUCGAGUAGUCGAGGGAUCACCACUUUGGGGAAGCGAAUCGCCAACCGGAUCUGGACCUCCAACUCCCCCAACCCAUCUUCCUCUGUUCUCACUACCAGGAGGGCAGCACACAGCUCAGUAUACGACAAGAACCCAGAUGAUCAAAUUCACUCGGGCCCUGUGCCCGACGAUGUGAUCCAGGCAACCCAAUCAGGCAAAUAUUGGGCCCCACACCCACAGACUGGGGUAUUUGGGCCCCCCGGGGGUGAGCAAGCCACUGCUCCCACUUCCGGCGGAGAACGCAGCUUCCACUCUGAUGCAAGUGCUGACUCGGUGCUGGAGGAGAAGGCCUGGUUUCGCCCCACCAGUCUCGAGGACUUGGAAAAACCCCACCCCCAUCUUUAGCUCAAGGAGACCCCCCUUUCAUUUAGAACAUAUAUGCUUAUAUAUAAUACCAAAUAAAUAAAGACACUAGUGACUGAGUGUGCGAGUGGCGUGUGGUUACUCUAGCUUGUGUAUAUAUAGUGCUGAGCUUCAAAGUGCACUGACUGCACUGCACUGCACUUUGGGUUGAUACUCGUUGAAGAGUGUGGACUGGAGCUUUUCCUAUACAUUGCUAGUCAUGAACUGCGUUAUGCAUGUAUGCUUCUUGUUUCUGUUUUUAUGCAACUUUAAUAUCAGACU